CCUGCCGCCGUCUGCCGCGCCACCGCGCCUGUCUGCUCGCAGCACUCCCGCCAGCGCACUCCGUCCGCCGCUGCCCGCCAUGGCGGCCAACCGCCAGAGCAGCCAGUACUACGAGCUGUACCGCCGCAGCUCCAUCGGCAUGCAGCUCACGGACGCGCUCGACGAGCUCAUCCAGUCGGGCCACAUCAACCCCGUGCUCGCGAUGAAGGUGCUCACGCAGUUCGACAAGUCCGUCGCCGAGACGCUCAACAAGAAGGUCAAGAGCAAGAGCUCGCUCAAGGGCCACCUGCACUACUACCGCUCGUGCGACGAGGUGUGGACGUUCAUCGUCAAGGACGCCAUGCUCAAGCUCGACAACGGCGAGAUGCUGCCCGUGUCGCGCGCCCGCAUCGUCGCCUGCAAGCUCGGCGACUCGAGCGCAGCCAAGUAGCCUGCCCGCUGCGCGCUGCCGCUCGCUCCGCACCCUCACGCCCACUCACGCCCGUCUCCGCUGUCCCUCGUCGUCGCGCUCGCUCAUCCAUGUACUCUUCACUCCACCUACAAUCACUAGUGUCUAAUUCGCAGUCAG